AUGUGGUCCAGAUUCACGUAAGUUUUGACGUUUUUAUAUUGUAAUUGACUUCAGGGGAUUUCAUAUUACUAUAAUGUAUAGCUAUGAAGAGAAGAACUAUGGUUUUUACUUUAUUUUAACUUAAGAUAGAUGAUUUUCGGCUCGAUUUUCAUAAGUUAAGUUUUAAAAUAAGUUUUGUUUAAAUUUCAUAAAAAAGUCCGACAAUUUUUGCAGCGAAAUCGCGUGCGUUCGACCGGUUUGGGAUGGGCUUAAGGCAGUGUUGCGCGAAGAUAUGGAUUACUUUGAACAUGCUAAGAACAGUUACAAUCCCAUGCCAAGAGCUUAUCAGGUCAACGAGAUUACUGAGUUAAAUGUGAGUUUAAUAAUUCAAUUUUUAUUUCGUAUUUUAGGCAACAGUCGUUAGGUUUUUUUUGAACUUUGGAUAUAACUAAGAAUUUUUGACUACGAAACGAUGUUACAGUACUUUCUUUUCUUCAAAAUUAUAAAGUCUAAUAUAUUGAUGAUAAUUUAAUGAUUUCAGAGUGACUGCUACUACAAUUCUUGUGAAAACAGUUACUGUUCCGAAGGCUUUCGAUCACUAGUUGAGUUUGAUGAAUCUGAUGUCACGCCAAAGAGUUAUGAGCAAUAUAAAAUGGAGAAUUCAAUGGAUAUCACCCAGGACCCUUCUCGGGCUUUAGAUGUAAGUAUGUUUUAUUAUUGUUGUUGUUUUAGGUAUUUUGAAGAGAAAAGGCGUUAUAAGAAAGUAUGUUGAGGUAGGCAAGAAAUUUGAUUCAAAACUCAUAGUUUAGACUAAAUUUUGCUCAAAAAUCAUAUUUUAGGCCUUAUUUAACUAAAAACCGUAUUUUAGACACAAUUUUCGGUUGUCCCCUUAAACUACCAGAGAGAUGACACAACAAUCGCCAGUGAUGAGGAAUACACAGAUAUUCAAGACGACUCCUCCAUCAAUUUUGAUGCAGAUGCCGACUCGAAAGCGCAACAAUUUUUAGCCGGUCUAAAAGAACAUGGCCAGUUUAGACUGAAACCCAACUAUCACCAAGAUGAACGGCAACAACAAUUUGUUAUGCAAUACCCAUAA